AUGGAGAGCCUAAAAAAAUUUGUGAGGACAAUCGUAAAUAUUUUUUCGAAUGAAUAUUUGCGAUCUCUGAACCCCAAUGAUAUUGCUCGAUUGCUCGCAGUUGGUGAACAACGUAGAUUUCCAAUUGCCAGUUCACAUAAUGAUAUCAAUAUGCUAGAGAGAUCUUUCAUUUUCACGGAACUUGCCCAAGGGCGUGCUCUUCCAGUAAAUUACUCAAUCAAUGGAAAUGACUACACUAUGGGGUACUACAUUGCUUAUGGUAUUUAUCAAAAGUGGUCAACAUUUUUGAAGAUGAUUCCAUCUCCACAAGGGAAUAAGAAGAAAUAUUUUGUAGCAGCACAAAAAUCAGGAAGAAAGGAUGUAGAGCGUGCAUUUGGGAUGAAGGAGCUAACAAAUAUAAUGAAAGCAUGUGUUAUUCUACAUAACAAGAUCAUUGAAGAUGAGCGUGAUGAUAAUCAGGGUCCGAACAUCGAAUAUGAUCAAGUUGACGAUGAUAUUCCAUAA